AUGGAGGUAGGUGGAGGACACAUCAUUCUGUUCCUCCUUCUCCUUGGCGUCUACCUUCGAUCCUUCUGCAUCUUCUCCUUCAUCCUCUUCCUCUCCUCUGCUCUCGUUGCUACUAACCAUCUGAAUUGUGAGACUAGCACCCUGUCUUAA